AUGAUUAAUGCAGAACAAGCACAGAUCGAAACUGAACAUGUCCGAAUUAAGCAUCUUUAUGAUUAUGGUGGAUAUACCUGUGGAAAAAAAGAAUGGAAAAAUAACCUUACUGAUUUGCAUUCAAAUGUUUUGAGUGGAAUUGUUUAUUGUGUUGAUUGUGCAGACACAAAUAGGUUUGAGGAAGCAAAGGAAACCUUAAAAGAAAUUAUGGAAAUUGAGCAAGUGAAAAAUGUUCCAAUAGUUAUCUUAGGAACUCAUUGCGAUAAAUUAAAGGAUGGACAAGUUGGAAAUUUAGAGAAAGUAUUGGAAAUUGAGGAGAACUUGGGAGAUCGUUUUAACAACCCAGAAUUGGAAAGGUCAAUGAAAUUGUUUUAUUGUACUAUUUCUAGAAAGGAAAGCUGGAUUGACCCAUUUAAGGUUAGAAUUCAAGGACAAUCCAUGUCCAUGUUGGUGGAGAGGGAAAUACAAAUUCCCAGAGGAUUUAAAUAUCGGAAAAGAAUUGUUUUUGAAGGAGAAGGUGAAUUUGAUGAUCAGGUAAAGGAUAGAAAUUCAUCAACUGGUGAUUUGGUUGUAAUUGUGGAACCAGUGAAGGAAAAGGAUUUAAAAUUGGAGAGAGUUGGACCUGAUCAGGAGCAUUUGAAAUAUGUUCAUACUCUUACUCUGAAAGAAGCAUUGACAAGUGAAUUGGUUUCUUUUCAAAUUGAUUUAUUUGGUGUGAAAAAGUUGGAUGUUAGAAUUGAUAAUAGUCAAAAUUUAAUUACUCCAGAUUAUUUUCAUGUUGUUAAAGGAGAAGGAAUGCCAACAGAGGAUGAAACAUUUGGGGAUUUGGUCAUUUAUUUCAAUAUUCAAUUUCCAAAUAAGAUUUCUCCAAAAUCAACUCAACAAUUAUUGAAAAUUCUUUCAAAAUAUGAAAGUAGCCAAGAAUAUGUCACUCCUUCUGAAUCUACUGCAACUCCUUCUGAUACUGCAUCUAAUCAUAAUGUAGACAAAAAUUCAACAGUCAAGACAAGUGAUUCAUCUUCCACUUCAUCAGACAAUCAAGGAAGUUUAUUAAGAAAUUUAUUUUGGAGCAAGACACUCACCAGAGCACAAUCUCUCUUCGGAAGUCAUCAACAAUAA